CACCCGCCGGCUGUGGGGAGAAGGAGGGGCGGAGCAAGGCGCAUGCACGCGCGCUGGGGGGAGCGGCGUUCUCCCGCCUCCUCCUCUCCCCUCAGCGCGGGCAGCGCCAUUCCGCCGCCGCCCCCUCAUAGCCCGGCCUCGACCUGAGCGGCUGCGGCCCUCCCGCCGCGCCUCUGGGGUGGGGUCCCCCCCGCUGUGCGAAAGGGGCUGGACGGGGCGGGCAGUGAGACCGUGCCUGACGGCGGGGGCAGAGGCUUCGGCAUGGGACGGGGAGCUGCGCCGGCGGGGACCUACCUUACCAGUGUGAGAGGGGAAUCUUGGAAGCAUACUGUGGAUUUUUUUGCCUGUACAUGCUACUUGAUCUAUCUUUUGUUGACCCACGAAAAAGUAAAGAAGAGUCAAACAAAAAUCAUUGUCACUUCUGCCUAAGAACCGGCUGAAUAUGAUGACACCUGCUGGAGAAGCUUCCUGGACCAUUAGAAAUAGAGCAGCUUGUGCUGCAUCUCUGGUCAGCAAAGCUUUCUGCAUGGAGUACAAGAAUCAAGUUGCCUUAAGUUAAACCAUAUGCAAGUUACACAUUGUCGUAGCUGAUACCACUCCCGACUUGGCAUUUCCAAGUUUUCAUGUAGUUUGAGUGUUUCCAACUGACAUUGGAAUGUUUUUAUCAAAUCUGAUGUGGCUGUGAAAAGUGUAUGUGUGGGAUGAACUUUUUCCUGUUAAGUUCAUGGUAAAUUUUGAAGCCUCAUUUCCAGGUGUUAUCUGUGCUAUGGCAGCAACCUACAGGCUUAUGGUCACUUCUGUGAACUGCUACAGCAGUGUAGUGAUAGACCAGCACUUUCGGCACACUGUUCAUUACUGCACAGGGACUUGCCAAGUGUUUAAGCAAGGGGUUACAUGCCUAGUUGCCCACCACAGUGUCUGUGCAGAGCUCAGUGUCCAAGAUGCCAACCAAGACCAUAAAAUUCCUGUCCCUGAAAAUGGACUUGCCCUGGCUGGAAAUGAAGACUAUCACCAAAUCCUCCCAAAUAAUCCAAGAAUCAAAAAGGGGUCUUCAGUGCAAGCCUCCAGCAAUUUGAAGGACAUUACUGGUGAGACGAUAAACCUUGCCAGUGGUAAAAUAAAGGAAUUCUCCUUUGAAAAGCUCAAAAACUCUUCCAGCCAUGUGGCCUACAGAAAGGGAAGGAAGGUUCGCUCAGAAUCCUUCAGCAGACGUUCAUUUGAUUUUGACUUGAUUUAUGGGCAUUUCAGCAAUAAUGAAAACUGCCCUCCAUGUGGAUUUUUGCAGAGUCACUCACCUGUGGAGAAAUGGCAGGAAAGCAGUGAUGCUCCGGAAGUCACCAUGAAUAAUCCCAUGGUUCCCUUCUUGCCUCCUUCCUUCUCUGAAGAAAACUUCCUUACCCAGAUUUUGGAAAAACACAAGCUAGAUGGUGGUUCUGGUGGAGAUAUUAAGGUGUGCUUAGACAUCUUGCUCAAGUGCUCAGAGGAUCUGAAAAAGUGCACAGACAUAAUAAAACAUUGCAUCAAAAAGAAAUCUGCAGACAAUGUUAGUGGAGGGAACAGCAAUGACCCCCUGGCCAAUUCAGAAAGGAUAUAUAUGAACCUGAUGACAGGAUUUUCUUCAUACCUGAAAAAGCUACCUUUUGAGCUCAAGCACCAAGGACACAAGGAAGUUAGUGACUUAGCAGAUCUGGUUAACUGUUUUCAUGGCUUGCAGCAAACUCCCUUUCCCCCAGUAUUUGGAGAUGAACAGCCACCUAGGUAUGAAGAUAUUAUUCAGCAGCCAUCCUCAAGUGCACUUUCUCUCAGACCAGGUGAUCAGUGUGAGAUGACAAGCACCUCUCAGUCCAUCCCAGCAAGUACUGUGACCUUUACCUCAAACUCCCUUCAUAGCAUCCCACAGGAGAACAGUGAGAGAGCUGUGAAAGAUGCUUGUGCUCUACCUCAGUUACCAGCCACAAGCCCUUCUGACUGCACAUCCUCCACUGAGGCUCUGUACAUUGAGGAGGAGUAUGAUGGGGAAAGGACAUUAGGGAAAACAAAGAAAGCAGAGCAGAAAGGGGGCUGGGAGAGUUUAGAGCUCAGCUACCAGCUAGCUGGUGGUUCAGAUCUAGCUGCCAAUGCUAAAGCAGAAUGUGCCAGAGUGGGAGAUGCUAAACUUUCCCACCCCUCUGAGAAAAUCACUUUUUUAAAACCAGCUUCAGAUUCUGUAUUGUGUGGUUCCCAAGCUGAUGUCUCCAAAGGAGAACAGAUGUGCAGUAAGAUAGACAAAGAUGAGAUAGACAAACUGCUGCUGGACUUGGAGUGCUUCUCACAGAAAAUGGAGCGUACUUUGAGGGAACCUUCUAAAAAGGAGAGUGAACCUGCCCAUUUGCAGAUGUUUGGCUGUCAGGGUAGGCAGGUACUACCUUUGUCUCUUGAACCUAAAAGUAAACCAGUUGACCCUGCUUCCCCUUUGUCAAAAAUCAUGGAAAUCAAUGGACAUAAAAUGGAAGAGGAUGAUAAAGCUCUCUUACUGCGUAUCCUGGGAAGCAUUGAGGACUUUGCCCAGGAGCUGGUGGAAUUCCAGACAGGCAGGGGGAGCUUAUCCAAGGAGUGGGAAGUGAUGCAAAUUCUGCAGGAAACUUUAAUGACUUCUUCACAGUCCCUCCUUGCAGGGCAAAAAUGCUGUGCUGGGAUUGCCUCCAGAGACUCUGUUCCAGCUUCAAUUCAGCAAGCCCCAGAAGUGAUUAAGGUUCAAAGUAAACAAGAGAAGAAAUCUGGAACUUCACCCCCAGUCUCUUUGAACUCUGCAGUUAGCUCUUGCACUGUUCUGCCUGUGAAUAAAACCACCAGCAGUACCCCUUUGUCCAUAAACAUUCCACGUUUCUACUUCCCUAAAGGACUUCCGAAUGUCUGCACUAAUGAUGAAGAAAUCAUUGCCAGGAUUGAAGAAGCCUUUAGAGAGUUUGAAGAUGAGAAAGCAAACAUCUGUGAAAUGGGGAAAAUAGCUAAGAUAUGUGGCUGCCCACUCUACUGGAAAGCACCUAUGUUCCAUGCAUCAGGAGGAGAAAGGACAGGAUGUGUAUCUGUACAUUCUAUUGUAUCUGUGUGGAGAAAAAUCCUAUGUAACUGCCAUGAUGAUGCAUCCAGAUUCAUAUCCCUUUUAGCAAAGCCCAGCUGUGACUACCUAGAACAGGAGGACUUCAUCCCACUGCUUCAGGACGUGGUGGAAACACAUCCUGGCCUGACGUUCCUGAAGGAUGCUCCGGAGUUCCAUUCGCGGUAUAUUACGACGGUUAUACAGAGAAUAUUCUACACAGUCAACCGAUCCUGGUCUGGGAAGAUCACUCUAACAGAGCUGAGGAAAAGCAACUUCUUGCAAACUCUUGCUCUCUUGGAAGAAGAGGAUGACAUAAAUCAGAUCACAGAUUAUUUCUCCUAUGAGCACUUCUAUGUUAUAUACUGUAAAUUCUGGGAGCUGGACACUGACCAUGAUCUUUACAUCAGCCAGAAGGAUCUGGCUAGGUAUAGUGAUCAAGCUUUAUCAAACAGGAUUAUUGAGCGAAUAUUCAGCGGCGCUGUGGUGAGAGGCAAUGAAGUCCAAAAGGAAGGCCGUAUGAGUUACGCUGAUUUUGUGUGGCUCCUGAUUUCGGAGGAAGACAAAAGGAGUGCUACAAGCAUUGAGUACUGGUUUCGGUGCAUGGACCUGGAUGGGGAUGGAGUGCUGUCCAUGUAUGAACUGGAGUACUUUUAUGAGGAGCAGUGUGAGCGGAUGGAAGUGAUGGGCAUAGAACCACUACCAUUUCAUGACUUGCUGUGUCAGAUGCUUGAUCUCGUUAAGCCAGAGAGGGAAGGAAGAGUAACCCUGCGAGACUUGAAGAGGUGCAGAAUGGCUCAUGUAUUCUACAACACCUUCUUCAAUUUAGAGAAGUAUCUGGACAAUGAACAGAGGGAUCCCUUUGCAGUACAAAAGGACAUUGAAAAUGAUGGCCCUGAACCCUCUGACUGGGACAGAUAUGCUGCUGAAGAGUAUGAGAUUCUUGUGGCUGAAGAGUCUGGAAACGAACAGUUGCAAGAAGGAUCAUUUGAAGAAGACUAUGACACAGAUGAAGUCAUAUCUCCCCCUGAAACUGGAGACAAGUCAGACAAACUAGUCGUUAUCUCAGAUCUCUCAGCAUAGAGAAAUGGAAGACAUUUAAUCAGUAUCUUUCAAACUGGAUAGUGUUCUGUCCCGAGAUACUUAGGGAUUUUUCUUAAGUCCAUCAUUGGAGCAAUGUGCUUUAUUUUGUACACUGUAACUUGAGAAACCCUUUUCCUGUGUAAUUGCAAUAAGGUAAUUUCUAUAAAAAGGCUUUUUACAAUGUGUUAUCAUGCACGCUUAUUAAAAAUGGUGAUUGCACCUUGUUUCAUUUAUAUAUAAAUCCUGUUGUGUCCCCAGAUGUGCAAUAAAUGCCAGCAUCAAAUGAUUAACUGUAA